AUGGUCAGCGCGACGCCCAUCAAGGCUCGCGUUAACCCCGUGUCCCUCAUCGUUUGGAGCCCCACAGUCACCUCACCCGUCGCUGGUGACACUUGGGUCUCUGGCGAGAACGCCACCGUCACCUGGGACACCUCUGACAUCCCAGCGGAGAAAGAGGACUCGACCGGUAUGAUCCUGCUCGGGUACAACGAGAACAACAGCGAGAACUUGAACAUCAGCAACCCGCUCGCACUCAACUUCCCCAUCAACGCGGGCACUGUCACCUUCACGGUUCCCGAUGUUACCCCCAAGGACAACUACUUCGCUGUCCUCUUCGGUGACUCGGGUAACGCCUCGCCCGAGUUCUCUAUUACCGCUCCUUCUGACGCAUGA